CGGAGCUCUAGUGUCCGGGAUGUCACAUGAUGUAGCGCUCAGCCAAUGACAAAGCCGCGCGUCAGCUGGCAGGAUGGCGGACUGUGAGCUGGAACACCGUGCGGGGAAACACACUUAGCACGUGGGAGCAGAAGCAGAUCAGUCUCCUCGUUAUCUGUGCCUGGACCGCGCACACCAUGGAUCAGCCCGACCUGGCCACCAUGCUGGACUUCCAGCGGUUCCCCAGUCACCCGCUGACCCGCGUUCUCCUCCUCCUGUAUUCUCCCUUUGGGCUGUGCCUCUUCUUGCUACGCGUGUUCAUCGGUGCCCAUGUGUUCCUGCUGAGCUGCGUCCUGCCGGACUGCGUGAUGAGGCGGUUUCUGGUGCGUGUGAUGAGCUCGGUUCUUGGCGUGCUGGUUGCGGAGUCUGAGCAGCGCAGUCCCGCUGUAAAGAUUUAUAUCUCCAAUCAUAGGACCUGCAUGGACCACAAUAUCCUGACUCUCAUCACCCCGUGCAGUACGCCGUCUGUAUCCUGUCCUCCGGGGUUUCUCUGUUGGGCCCGCGGUUUCCUAGAACUUGGUGCCCCUGGGAGCAGAACUCAGCUACAGGAGUCUCUGAAACAUUAUCUCUCCCAGCCGGGAAAUUCUCCUCUCCUACUCUUUCCUGAAGAGGAGACAAGUAAUGGCCGGGCCGGGCUCCUGCACUUCAGUUCAUGGCCAUUCUCUCUUUCGGACUGUGUGCAGCCACUGACCCUGCGCGUCAACAGACCCCUAAUCUCCGUGGCGGUUGCAGGCUCCUGCUGGUACACUGAGCUGUUCUGGACGCUCUUUUCCCCGUACACAGUUUAUCAAGUAAGAUGGCUUCCCCCAGUCUCUCGCUGUCUCAGAGAGUCCGAUGAUGACUUCGCAUCCCGUGUACAAAAGCUGCUGGCCCUGUCAUUAGGUGUCCUAGGAACCAGUCACACCGCUGCGGAUAGGGCGGAGCAUGUGAAAAGGCGGAGCAGGGAACCCCCACUGCGCGCUCCGCGCUCCUUCCCGCUGUCUCAGGAAGCCUGUGACAUGGCUCGGCGUGUGAAGGAGGUUCUGCCACAAGUUCCCCUGUCUGUCAUCCACAGGGACCUCGCUCAGACCGGCUGCGUGGACACCACAAUCACAAACCUACUGGAAGGACAGGUGGCAUUUGUACCUGAAGAAGCCUCACAAAGUGGAAGCGAUGUCAGAGCACGAAACACGAGUCGCAAGCCGACUCACAGAGGUUUUGCACGAAGGCCUGAAGACAGACACUUAUCAUUACAAGAACGCAAAGAUGUUCUCUACGAGUAUGCACGAAGGAGAUACCGGAAAAAGUUUGGCGGCCUGGGCACAGCGGCGGAGCAGGAGACGAGCGGAUGACAUGGAAUUUGCGGGAGGAAGCAGUGACGGAAUGUGAUGAGACCGGGGACUGGGGAUAUUACUAUAAGGAAGCAGGCGUGAGUGCCUGGUAGCACAAAACCUUUUCAUGAAGAUCUUGGUACAUGGCAGCACGAACCACGAAGGUUGUGGAGGGAAGAUGGAGCUAAGGCAAGAAAGGGAGGGCAUGUAGUGCUGGGUAUGGGGGGUUGGGGGAGAAUCCAUCGCUGGGCGAGGGGGAACCAUGGGUCGGGCCAGAGUUUGCUGGAGAGAUCCAUCACUGGACCAUUGAGGGACGUUGGCUGCCAGGGGACCCAACACUGGGUUGUAUAUAUAGGAAAGGGGAAUCCAUGGCUGGGGGGGCCCAUAACUUGCUG